AUGGCCACCAAGGCUCUCCCUCUUUCACAUUCCACGACGCACUCUCCUGCUGGCUCCCCCGGCUCGUCUGCCAAAACACACAGGAAGCUCGCCUCCUCGAGCCCGCCAAACGCCUUUGAGAUCGUUGGCCUCCCGAACAAGCGCAAGUCCUGGCAGACAUCCGAUGCCACGCUCUUUAACCAAACUUGGGCUUCAACCACACAGAUCCCCGAGUGGACGACGGAGGCUGCUCCUGUAGACGUGUGGUCACUCUCUAGCGCCGUGGAUGCGGACAGCAGCCAAAUUGCUGCGACCCGCUCAUUAAUGUCAAAAAUCGCUCCAAAUGUUGGUGAUGAAGACCACCUUCAUCCGAUAAGUGUACGCAUUCUUGUUCCGUCACUUACGGAAGUGACCGUUUAUUCACUCGUCCCUCAGGCGUUUGAGGAUAAGUACAGUCCAGCGUCGUCCGCCAGGAAUUCUGUUCAUACCGUGACUACCCCCUCACUGAUGGGCUCCGUCGAUUCAGCGCAAGACCCGUCGGAAUCUGUACUUGACGCCACGCCAGACAGUUCGCAGUUAUACGCGCCCUCCUCAUCGUUCCAUACCAUCGCUGGGACACCAACCCACGGCGUCUCUCACCACCAAUCUCAUCACCACCAAGGCUAUCCGCAGCUGACACUCCAGACCGCUCACUUGCCACAAUCGCCGUCCGGAGCCUUCGGCGCCCACUACCACAACAACAGCUAUCCGGCCUCGGGAGAAUAUCGAUAUUCGUAUGAACAGAUGUCGUAUACCUCUCCGACGCAAUCAAUGCACCCACCCACCCUUUUUAGUCCCGUGCUCGCGCAUCCUCCCCCUCCGUCGGCAGCACAUGACUACUUCCGUCGUGCGCAGCCGCCUUCGGGGCCGCAAGCAUUCUUUUCGGAAUUUAUAACAAGUCCAACAAUCGCGAGCAUGCCCACACCCGGUACAGGCUUCUAUUAUGCGACUCCAAGCCAACCUGUCAACUGGAAUGCGCCGCUUCCGCCUAUGCCCCCCCAUUUACAAUCUCCUGUAGUCGAUUUAGGUGGGCAGAGACGGUUUAAUUCCAAUCACGGUUCAUCGCAUGUGAUGCUUGCUAGUCAGCAGUAUCAUCUUGUCAACGGUAUGGUGCGCCCACAAUCGUUCCCACCAUCCAAAUCGAGCGGGCCCUUUGUCGGACACCAAUCCAAUAUCCCCAACCCAGCCGUCAAGUCUGUUGCAUUACCUCCUCGGGGGCGACAUAAUUCGAACAAUCGUCCGUCGCCCACUCCAAAUCUACCACAACAGACAAACCAUGCUGUUAAUCGGCAUGUGCGGCGAGAACAGCGUGAAUCGGUUCCCGUCCAUCGGAGCACCGUUCUCGAAGACUUUAGAAACAACAGGAACAAACGGUGGGACCUCCAGGACAUUGCCGGUCACGUUGUCGAGUUCAGUAAAGAUCAGCACGGAAGUCGGUUUAUCCAGCAUAAGCUGACCACGGCCACUGAGGCGAACCGUAAUAUGGUUUACCGUGAGAUUAUCCCCAAUCAUGUCAUCUCCUCGGCGCAGAAUGUGUUUGGCAAUUAUGUUUUGCAACGACUGUGCGAACUAGGCACACCGGAGGAAAGAGCAUCAAUCGCGCGAACGCUCCAGGGGCACAUAGUCAUGCUUUCUCUUGACAUCUAUGGAUGCAGGGUACUCCAAAAGAUGAUUGACUAUCUGGGCGCGGCGGAACAGGCACACUGGGUCGCCGAGCUCCAUGGCCACAUUUUGCAGUGUGUGAAAGAUGCCAAUGGGAACCAUGUCAUUCAAAAGUUCCUGGAAAGCCCAUUGUCCGAUCACUCGCUAUUUGUCAACACCUUCAAGACACAUGUAUUCGAAAUGGCAACGCAUCCAUAUGGCUGUAGGGUGUUGCAGCGAUGCUUUGAGCAUGUCGAGCCCGAGCUCACGAGGCCACUGCUCAACGAAAUGCACCUUCGGACAUUAGAACUGAUGCAGGAUCAAUAUGGGAACUAUGUCAUGCAGUUUAUCCUUGAGAAAGGGUCGUCUCAUGACCGUACUCGAGUGAUCCAGGCAUUGACUGGUCAUAUGCUGCCCAUGUCGAAACACAAAUACGCCUCCAACGUCUGCGAAAAAGCGAUCCUCAAUGGCACAGUUGAGCAAAGGCGGCCACUUAUUGAAGAGAUUAGCGUGCAGCGACCGGACGGCAUGAAUCCUAUCAUUACCAUGAUCAAGGAUCAAUUCGCGAACUAUGUUUUACAGCGUGCGCUCGAGGUGGCCGAAGGCAAACCUUUGGAUGCAUUGUUGACCGCACUCCGACCACAGCUGCACAAUAUGCGACGAUACGCAUCAUCUGGACCUUUUGCAAAGCACAUCAUUGCGGUUGAAAAGAUCCUGCAAGUGAGAAACAUCGAUAUCAAUGCCCGUGAAUAUCACUCGCGAACGGCACAUAAUGCCAACAAGUCGGAGAGCGGCGACUCUUCUACUCCUACCAGGGAGAUCAAGCCCCCCGGAAUCUAA